UAUACGAUCCAAAUUUCGUGCCAACACCUUUUCACCAAAAUGUAAACUUUCCAAAUUUAAUUUUCUCUAUAUAUGCAUAUAUAACCUUUACUUCCCUUACUCCCCCAUCUCUGAAAUCCCAUAUGGCUUCUCAAAAUUGCCAACGGCGGUUCAAGGACAUGACCAACCAAGAACCCGGCAAAGAUAACAAAACCAGCAGUGAUAGCCCCAGGUCUCCAUGGAAACUUGCUGUUUCGGUUGCAAUGCCUUUGUUCAUAACCAUGACCAUGGUCUUAUUGUUCGGCUCGGGCAAAAAGUACAGGGUCUUAGCCACAAUCUUCUGGUUACCACCCCUUUGGUUCAUACACCUAGCCUCAUUGGGUUCCUCUUUUCUAAUGGGCCUUGCGGCUUGGCUGGUUUGGUCCGAUGGUGGGUUCGAUUCAGAGUCGCAUGCCUUGCCUCUCUAUGUUGCUCAGAUUUCAUUGAGCAUGGUUUGGAAUCCUUUGGUUCUUGUAAUUGGGGUUGCUUGGCUUGGGUUUGUUUUCUGUGUGAUUCAAUUUGGCACUCUUUUUGCUUGUUAUUUUUACUUUAAACGUGUUAGUCCUUCUGCUGAAUAUCUUAUAAGGCCUUGUUUAACAUGGGUCGCUUAUCUUACCUUUGUUACUUGUCAGCUUAUAGCUUACCUUUGAAAUUAAUUUUUGAGUACUAGUUUUGCAGACUAUUUUGCAUCUCAUAGGUUGUAUCAAAACUUCAAUUACCAAUUACAUAUUAUCAAUAAAAUGUUGAUUUUAUUCUA